AUGCGUUUCUCAACGGGCCUCGUCUGCCUUGUCACAACGAUCUUCUUCACUCUCGGGAUCGCCUUGCCAACCGAGAAAGACCCUACAAGAUCCUCCGAGACCCUCCAAGUCACUCCAGCAAAGGACGAAGUCACCCGUCACUUCCGUUUCCUCAACAACAUCACCCCCAGGCAUGAGAAUCUGAACGAGAACCUGGAUUCGAUCGCAUCGUCGUCAAGCGCAAAAGCCCCUCCCAAAUUCAAGGUCAAGUGUACUGCUCCGUACUGGUCAUACUUCUAUAACUGGUGGCCUACCGUCAAUGAGAUGUGCGCGUUUACGAACAAUACUCUCGACAAAGGCGGCUUUAUAGGACAGUGGCAGCGCGGUGAGGCCAUCGUUGGGGAGUCCAGAAACGUGACCAUGGAAUGGCAACCGAAGGGCGACGGCUCAGGCUGCCAGGAUACCUGUACUGCAGCUUUCAACAGAUUUGUCACGGAACCUUCAUGCCACGAGGAGGGUUUCUGGAUGAACGAGAAGGGCCGCCUUGUUAUUGACGGCUGCGGCGUCGCAACGUACAAUCUCGAGUUCGAUAUUGGAGCUCCGACACUCGAACAUGGCAAAUCACUUUGCUGGAACGAGCCAGUUCCACCAUCAUACAAGCCUGACAAGGAUGUCACCCGGCGCUUCUGUGAGGAGGCUGUCAGAUACGUUGUAGAUAAAGACAACCAUUUUGGCAAAGACCAGACGAAAGUCGGCUACUACUGGACCGAUUAUAACCGAGACAUUUGGGCUCCUGAUAGCAAAGCCAAGCUGUACGAUGUCGGGUUUGUGCAUUUCUGGAUUAAGAGCAACAUUGAUCAAGGAUCAACAUGCCCGGAGAACAGGAAAGUGGACGACGAGGUCGCAAACAUGACGGUUGACCAGUGUGUCUCCAACAUGGAUUGGGCGGAAAAUCAAGCUUGUGAGUGGCCGCCUCAAGAAAAUUCAUUAUGA